AUGCCCGCACUAACGUCGCCCCAACAUCAACAGCCAGACAUCGACCUAUCUGAUGAUUCAUCGUCAGAUAUCCAGGUGCCAGAAGAAGAAGGAGAAGAAAUCCGGCGGCGUCUUCGGCCUCUUCGGAGUAGAAGCCCAAUCAUUGAUUUACGUCCUCCACCACCCCCUAGAUUCUAUUUCAGCUCUCUGGAUCCUCAGAAUCCUCGACUCAGACAGCGCUCAAGCGAUACCCCUGAUGAUAGUACAACAGCACGGGCCGGUGAUUUUACAUGGUGGCGACAGGGGUAUGGGGACGUUGGUGGUCCUGGUGAGCGAGAGACUGGUGUAAGUCAGAGAGGUGGUACUCCAGCACUAGUCAGUGGAAAUCCGAGGCCACGACAGGCAAUUGAGAACGUUGAUAGUCACGGUCAGCAAGAGAUUAGGGGGAAUCAGAGACGACCAGUUUCAGUUCAGCCACCUCCUAAUGUCAACAAGCCUACGAAGACUCAGCGAAAAGUGGCUAAGGAGGUGGUUCAAUACCCGGUGUUUCCACUGUCGCUUCACACAGAACCUAUUCCUCAUCCUCGUCGUGGAACUCCUCCCGGGCAUCUGUCUUGGACAGCCUAUUUCAGCCAAUUCCGCAACGAAUUACAGUUUCAGCAAGUUCGGCUUUGUAACAAGCCUUGUUGCAAUGGUGAUACGUUUCGCUUUUAA